UUUGCGUCAACCUUGCCAGUAUCGAGAAGCAACUUAACAACCGCCUCAUGCCCAUCCACUGCUGCCAUAUGCAGCGCUGUCCGUCCAUCCCUAUCCUUAAGAUCUGCGUCAACUUUGCCGGUAUCGAGAAGUAGCUUAACAACCGCCUCAUGCCCAUUCUUUGCCACCCUAUGCAGCGCUGUCCCACCUACGUCAACCUUGCCAGUAUCGAGAAGCAACUUAACAACCGCCUCAUGCCCAUUCUCUACCGCCAUAUGCAGUGCUGUCCAUCCAAGCCGGCCCUUAGGAUCUGCGUCAACCUUGCCAGUAUCGAGAAGCAGCUUAACAACCGCCUCAUGCCCAUUCUCUGCCGCCAUAUGCAGUGCUGUCCAUCCAAGCCGGCCCUUAGGAUCUGCGUCAACCUUGCCAGUAUCGAGAAGCAGUUUAACAACCGCCUCA